GGGCAGAGUCAGACCAUGGCGACGCUGAAAGGCCUGGUGCAGAAGGGGGUGAAGGUGGAUCUGGGCAUCCCUCUGGAGCUGUGGGACGAGCCCAGCGUGGAGGUCACAUUCCUCAAGAAGCAGUGUGAGACGAUGCUGGAGGAGUUUGAAGAUGUCGUGGGAGACUGGUAUUUUCACCAUCAGGAGCAGCCCCUACAGCGUUUUCUCUGUGAAGCUCAUGUGCUCCCAGCUGCUGAAACUGCAUGUCUACAGGAAACCUGGACUGGAAACGAGAAGAUCGCAGAUGGGCAAGAGAAGACAGCAGGAGAGGAGGAGCAAGAUCAGGAGGAGGAAGAGGAGAUGACUGACUCACCAGGCCACCCCAAGCAUGACCCAGAGGAUCUUUGAACCUUGCUUUUGAGCCCCAAGGAGGGACAGGGGUCAUGGAGAGGAACCCUCUGAAGGCUGAGCUCUCCCUGCUCCACAGCUUUAAGAGUGUGUGUGUCCCCACCUUAGAGCUUAUAGCUGUUCUCUCCCAUCUGAUCUCAGGCAGGAUCCUGGUGGUGCAGUAUGGCAUGGUUUUGGGGAGAAAGGUGGCAGCAGCAGAUGGAAACGAAGUCCCAAAAGAUGAGUCUGCUACCUGCCAUUUAGCCCCUUAAUUGUCAGGUGUGUGUGGUAACAGAAGUGAGAUAUUUAAAAUAGCUCUACUUUUCUCCAGCUUUCCUCUGGACCCAGAGGUUAGCAGGUCAUAGAAGCUUUGAACCUUGGGAAACUCGCUUUUCCCCUUGAGGGCGCUUUUAGACUUUGAACGUCGUGGACAUUUUUUUUUCCUCCUUGCUUUUUUUUAGGGCGUCGCGUGGGGCAUAUGGAAGUCCCCACUCCAAUCCGAGCUGCAGCUGCUGGCCUAUGCCACAGCCACAGCAACCCUGGAACAGAGCAUUGUCUGCGAAGUAUAUCACAGCUCAAGGCAACGCCCCCCCCCAACCCCCUCAUUCUUAACCCACUGAGUGAGGCUAGGGAUUGGACCUCCGCAUCCUCAUGGAUACUAGUGGGAUCUGUUACUGCUGAGCCACAAUGGCAAUGCUUUUGCUUUUUUUUUUUUUUUUUUUUUUUUUUUUUAAGAGCCACCAGGCCAGGGGUCCAAUUGAAUGUCCUGGAUAUUCUCUACGAUCUACAUAUACUGCCGGCGUCAAGGAGGCUACUGAAUGAAAAGAGGACACUGGAAGGGGGUGGUGCAAUUAGGUGAGGUGGACACUUGGUCUACACCGAGGGCCCAUCAUGUAAUUUCAAAGGUGCCAAAUUUUCUAUACGGCUAGUAAACUUUUAAAAAAAAUGUAUCACCCGGGCCCCGCCCCAAAUUUCAAACUGCCGUGCACAUAUCAUAGCUGGACGAUAUGGCAGCGCCCAGGGCCGUUGGCUGCCGUCCUCUUAGAAGCAAACGGUGCUUUGUAAUUCUACAGCGGGAAGGAGCUGGCAGGCGGUCCACCGCCCGAAACGACUUUCAGGUUGGGGGUUGGGGUGGAGGUCGGGGGGUGGCGGUGUUAAUCCGUGCCGCCCGCUUCUGCGCAUGCCUGAAAACGCGCCGGAAUUAAAUUCAGUGCGCGCCGCCGCCUGAGCCGCCAUACUUCCGUUACGGGAGCUCGCAGAGGACAAGCUUCAGCACGCUUUUCCGGUGUCUCUUCUUCCUCGGUCUGAGGCAAGAGGAAUAAAGAGGUGAUAAAAUUAGGUCCAAGAUAGAGAGCAGCUCUGGUUAGAGUGAGAGAAAUAACAAGGAUAUCCCCGGAGGGUGGUGGGUGGGAACCUAGAACGCGAGCCGGGAAGAGGCCUCAAACGCUGAGAGACCGGCAGAUUCCUGCAGAAGUGAAGGUUGGGUGAUACCAUUUUCGCAAAGGGUUGAGGACUAUUCGAUCUUAAGGGUGCGAAGAGGGUGGCAAGGAACUGAGACUUGGAAGGUAGCACUUGACGGAGUCUGGGCGAGUGUGGGAAUCGGAGGGGAGCACAGAGUCGCUUACAGUCCCACUUCCUUUCCCCAGCCCGCCCCUCUCCGUCCAUGAGCGGUCUAGUGCGCACCGAGCCGCUGCGCGGAGACACCCCUCUGCUGGUGCCCGGUGACCCCUACUCCGUGGUGGUUCUGCUACAGGGCUACGCGGAGCCCGAGGGGGUCGGCGAGGCCUUACGUGCCGAUGGCUCCGUGACCCUUGUCUUGCCUCAGGCCUGGGGUCCUGCCUCCAGCCACCGAGAGCCCUCGCCCGAGAGCCACGAGGUGAAGACCGCCCUGGAGGAGGCGGCCCGUGGCCCCAUCCUCGUGGACACUGCGGGCCCGUGGGCUCGGGAGGCACUCUUGGGGGCUCUGGCGGGGCAGGGCCUAUCCCCGGGUGAUGUGACUCUUGUGGUGGGGACCCACGGGCAUUCGGACCACAUCGGGAAUCUGGGGCUCUUUCCCCGGGCAGCUCUGCUGGUCUCGCACGACUUCUGCCUUCCCGGAGGCCUCUAUCUCCCUCACGGGCUGGCUGAGGAGCGGCCUCUGCGGUUGGGGCCUGGACUCGAGGUGUGGGCUACGCCGGGCCAUGGUGGCCAGCGGGACGUGAGCGUGGUGGUGGCUGGCACAACCCUGGGCACUGUAAUGGUAGUGGGCGAUGUGUUUGAACGUGAUGGGGACGAGGACUCGUGGCAGGCGCUGAGUGAAGACCCCGUAGCCCAGAAGCGCAGCCGGAAGAGGAUCUUAGGCACUGCCGAUGUGAUUGUGCCUGGUCAUGGCGCUCCCUUUAGGGUGAUCAGGGAAGCCUCGCCUUCAGAGACAGAGGGUCAGAGGAACAGCCAGCCAGAACUCGUGAUUGGAGACAAGGAGCCCACGGUUCACCGAUAAACUCGUCUUGACUCCUGUUCAGGACACCAUACCCCCACCCCCAAGCCAAGGAACUGACAUCCAGGACACAAGAGGACAUGACAGGAGUCACGAGUAGUCCCUUCUAGCCCUUCCAGGAGGCCAGUUUUCCCAAGGACAGUGCUUUGGCCAUUGCUGUCAUGAAUACCUGUUUCUGUGAUCAAACUAGGACCAAAGACUGACUCCACUGUGUGCCACCUGUCACCUCUCAGGCUUCAUUAGUAAAAUGGGAGAAUGUUCUUGGGAGAGUCUUCUGAAAUAAAAGUAGGAAGAUGCAUUGAAAAAU